AACACCGCAACAACAACAACAACAACAACUACUACUACAACAAUAACAGCAACAAUUACAACCACUGCAACAAACAACAUCAAACAACCAACCGAUAACAACUGCAUAAUCAAUAUAACUAAUUGAACGAAUAACAAGAGUACAUGAAAUAAUAUAAGAAAUUUGUAACCAUAAUAAAAAGUCUAAUCAAAUAAACUAAACCGAGAAAUAAAUCAAAGCGCAACAAUUAACGAAAAACAAAACCAAAAGAACACAGCCAACAAACCAGCAAAGCAAAUCAAAUCAAAUCAAAGCAAAUCAAAGCAAAGCAAAAACGAAAAACAAAAAUAGCACACACGAAAUAGCCAGGAAAACAUAGAUACCAUAACAAGAAGCAGCAAAACAAAGCAACAGAAGCAAACGAAAAUAGCAACCGAAGCCAACACAAAACCUAUCGAAACAGAAUCAGAACCAGAAAUAGCCUUACAACCCGCCUCCAAAACCAAAUCCAAUAGCAGAAUUCAAGGAAUAUAACCGAUAACUGAGACCGAUAACAGGAUAACAAAUAGAAAAUAGAGCAACGAAACAGUAACAGUAACAGAAACAGAAACAGCAACAGCAGAAGUGAAAACUGAAAUUCAAAACCAAAAGCCAAAUAAACAAAAGAGGAAUACAAAAACGGAAAUAGCCAAAAUUUGUUAAAUUUAUUUUGUGUGUUUUUAACGGGAGAAAAGCAAAACGCAAAAAGCAAGAAAAAAUUGUCCUAACGGAAAGAAAAACAGAAAAUAUUUGUCGUUUUUAAAAUUGAACUCUUGUGUUGAGGUUUAUAUAUUCGCUUUAGUCCUUAAAUUUUGUGUUCGUCAAAAAACGGUCGAGAAAAUGUUCUUAAAAAGUCUUGAAUGAAUCGAGCUGAGAAACACUUUAUAAACUUUGAGAGGUGAAGCAAUCAAAAUAAAGGAAGCGGCAAUAACCAUUUCGCAAGUGAAGAGCAGCAAACUGUAGAAACAGCUUUGUGCAAAGUUGCGCAAUCACAAGUGUACAUUUGUGUAUGUGUGUGUGGACGUGUUAGUGCUAGAAGUUCACGUUAGCAGAGGAGAUAAAUCGGAUUGGAGAACAUCACUAUAUCAAUAUAUAUCCAUAUACAAAUUAUCUAAAAUUGUUCAUAUCGUGGCAAAAGCUAAAUAUGAUCUUAAAGCAUGUAAAAUCCGUUUUCGAAAGCGUUUCGUACUUACAAAAAUAAACUUAACAUUAGUAGUGAGACAAAGAUAAGCAAAAACAAAAUAAAAUUCCAUUCAGAUAGAAGGAACGUUCUAGGCUAAAAAUAAAAUUAUAUUACUAUUAACGAAUUCACAAGAAGGAUCUUAAAAAUAUAGAGGCAAACGGAGACGUUGUUUUCUGGUAUAAGUCGAAAAUCCCCACACACCUAUUAGCGUCAUAGCAAAAGAAAUCCUUCGAGGACUCGUCUUUACAUGUCAAUUUGUUGAACCGAAGGAGAAUCGCAUCAAUUAAAGUAUCUUGAAACCCAUUUUAAACCAACAGAGACAGAGAGAUAAAAUUUCAUUUCAAUAAAAAAAAAUCUAACGACUUUCGGAGAGGCGGAAGAACCAACUACAAAAACAAGUUUGUAAACCAAAAUAAUAAAUAAGACACUUAAGAAGAAAGGAAUUUUAAAUUUGACCAACAUGAAGAGAAACAAAUAACCAUCAGAAACCACAGCGGCGAUAAGCCCAGCACAACUAUUAAGGCUUAGAUAACCAGCUGAAAUGUGCAGCAGAAUAAGUCAGUAAAAAAGGGACUUCGUUAUAACCGAAAGCGACGCGAAAGUUACAGGCGAAAUCUACUAGGACCCCAAGCUCGCAGCAGCCAUUACCUGGACUUAUCUAUUGAGCAGAGCAGCAAUGGCCAUCAACUUUUCGGCUUCGUUUGCGGCCUGCAUAGCAGCCGGCCUGAAGGUUCCGCGCCAGAUUAUGUACUGCAUCACCCAGGAUACGGGCCAACCGUACGUCCUCUAUAAGGACUCACAAGACGCAGACCGCAACCCCGGCGCCAUAGGCGCUAGUCCUGCCCAAUGGGGCAGCGACAUGUACCCCAACAUCCAGCAGCAGGCACAGCAGCACCUGACCGCCCAGCAGCAGCAGCAGCAACAACAACAACAGCAAAAUGCGGCACAGGCGGCGGCCCAGGCUGCAGCCGUGGCGGCGGCUACGGGGCAGCCGCAGAGUCCUCCAGGCGGAGGACAGGAGGCCAGGGACAACGGAAGCGGCGACGGUCGACAGCAGCAGGUAUCCCCAUCCUCAAGUCCGUAUCCCUCGGUUCAGCAACAGCAACAACAACAGCAACGUGCAAACGGGGCCGCCGACGAGGACCCCAUGAACCAGCUCGCCAACCAGCAGAACUCCGCGCCCAACCAAAACCAAAGCAGCAACGACCCCCAGCACUCGGGCUCCAAUGCGGGCGAACCAGGCAAUCCGCACGUCCAGCAGAACGGUGGACCGCAGAGCGACCCCGGCAACGGCUUUCAGACUCCGGACUAUUAUGCCCCCCGCCAUGCGGCGCCGCAGGGAGGGAUGCUGGCUCCGCCCGGCUUCCCGCCGCUGCAUUAUCUCAACAAAGGCGUGCUGCCCAUGGAGCAAUCCGGUGGUGGCGGAGGAGGCGGGGCUGGUGAGGGCUAUGCGCUACCCGAACUGCUGCCGGCCCAACAAAAUGGGCAGCAAAACGCCGGACCGGCAAACACCAAUGCCAAUGAGGGCGGUACCGGAGCCAACGGGAGCGGCGUGGGUGGUGCGACAGGAGCUGGUGUGGGCGUGGGCUCAGUGGGCGUGACAUCCGGCGGGAGGACGGGCAAUGGCCCAGGACGCCCACACAAGAACAAGCCGCACAGCGACCUGCGGCUGUUCAAGUGCCUCACCUGCGGCAAGGACUUCAAGCAGAAGAGCACUCUGCUGCAGCACGAUCGCAUUCACACGGACGCACGUCCCUUUCCGUGCUCCGAGUGCGGCAAACGUUUCCGCCAGCAGUCACAUCUCACGCAGCACCUGCGCAUCCACGCCAACGAAAAGCCCUUCACCUGCCCGUAUUGCUCGCGCAGCUUCCGGCAGCGCGCCAUUCUCAACCAACACAUCCGCAUCCAUUCGGGUGAGAAGCCCUUCGCCUGCCCCGAGUGCGGCAAGCACUUUCGCCAGAAAGCCAUCCUCAAUCAGCAUGUGCGCACCCACCAAGACGUCUCACCACACCUCAUCUUCAAGAACGGGCCGCACCCGACGCUGUGGCCCUCGGACGUGCCCUUUCCAGGAGAGGACAACGACACCAAGGGGGAUAUUGCCGGCACGGGCGGUGGGUACCACGACGAAGACUCGCAGGGAACGCCGGACGGCAGUGGCGGCAUGCACUAUCCCUCGUACUUCAAGGACGGCAAGGAUUCUCGCACAGGUCAAAAGAUACUGCCAGAGGUGCUGCAGCACAUCGGUGUAAGGCCGGCGAACAUGCCGCUCUACGUGCGGUGCCCCAUCUGCGACAAGGAGUUUAAGCAGAAGACGACGCUGCUACAACACGGCUGCAUCCACAUCGAGUCGCGGCCGUAUCCCUGCCCGGAGUGCGGCAAGCGCUUCCGCCAGCAGUCGCACCUCACGCAGCAUCUGCGCAUCCACACCAACGAGAAGCCCUUCGGCUGCAUGUACUGUCCGCGCUUCUUCCGCCAGCGGACCAUCCUCAACCAGCACUUGCGCAUUCACACCGGAGAGAAGCCGUACAAGUGCGGCCAGUGCGGUAAGGACUUCCGACAGAAGGCUAUCUUGGACCAGCACACUCGGACCCACCAGGUAGGCGAUCGGCCUUUCUGCUGCCCAAUGCCCAACUGCCGUAGGCGCUUUGCCACGGAGAAUGAGGUGACCAAACACAUCGACAACCACAUGAACCCCAAUACCACCAAGGUGCGCCGCCAGCAGCAGCAGCAGCACCAGCAGCAGCAACAACAGCAACAGCAGCAGCAACAGCAGAACAACAACGCUGUCGCUCAGGUGGCUACAGUAGCCAAUCAUCUGAUGAACGACGCCAAGAGCCUGGCGGCCCAGCAAUUCCUCAACAACAACAACCCUUCGUCGGUGGAUAACAAGGCCAACAUCCUUCCAGUGCGCAGCAUAGCGUCCAACGCGGCAGCCGCCGCCGUCGUCCAGCAGUCGGUAGUGAAGAAUGAACUCUACUUUCCGCAGUGCUAUGGACCUCCCUUCCAGCAUCCCUUCCAAACCCAGCAGCAGCAGGCUCAGCAGCCCAGCGUGGCACACGCCAACGGUGGACCCACGCCGCCCGUUACCGUGACGGUGGCCAACUCGGUGGCAUCCGGCGUAGUGGUGCAGCAGAACGCUUCCGCCUCCGUGGUGGCUCAGUGACAUCCCACCACUGGAGCAACUGGGGCACAACAACAGCAACAGCCGUCUGCGGCGCAGCAGCAACACCAUCCGCCGCCGCCUCCGCCACCCACAUCGUCCGCCCAUCACAUUGCUGCAGCAGCCGCUGCUGUUACAGCGGCCACGCCCUCGUCUGCCCACGGCUCGCCAGUGGCGGCUCCGCAGACUGUGACGCUCUCGAUCACACUGCCGCCGCCGCCGGCCUCCCAUACGGUCCAUCCGGGUCACCCGGGGCAUCCAGGCCAUCCGGGCGUGGCUAGCGGAGCUGCGCCUCCGCCCCCGCCAACUCUGUCACACGCGAUUCCCAUUCAUCCACACAUUCACUCGAUAUUCGGAUCUCUAUGAUGUCACCAGUAGGAGAGAGGAGUGCGGGAGGCGAGAGUUCAAAGUUGAGGACACACACUAUUUACCAUAUUUGAUAGGUUCGAUUAGUUCUCUAGUAUUAGACGCAUACAAAUUCUCCUAGUUUUUAAAACUAAUCUUAUAUCUAAAAACACAGUUUUGGUAAUGGCAAACAAACGAACCGAGAAACAGGACGAGUACUAGUCUUUUUGAAAAGGACUCUAAACUCCUUUGAAACAAACCAUAAACAUGAAAUGCAGAUGGUCACUGUUUAAGAGAGGCAAGAGCGGACAGCCGGAGAAACGAGAGCCAAAACACAACGUUAUACGAUUCCUUUUUGAUAGUUUUGUUUAAGCACCCCAACAACUUAAAAGACUACAAACACAUAAAAUAUUUAUAUACACUCAAACAAAAACAAACACACGGACACUCAAGGAAGGCAAAGUUCGCCAGUCUUGAUCUUUGAUACAAUCGACCGAAAAUAUACAUACAUAUAUGUAUAUUGGGCGUAAAAUAGGGAUAGCGCAGAUAUGGGAUAUGAGUAUGAACAUGUGGCGUGAUAGAGACGGCAGCUAGGAAGAAGGAGGAAGGGAAAGGAACAGGGAAGGGGGAAACGCAGACGUUGGCGCUGAGCAAUUUGUUUUUCGAAGCAGCAUCUAAGUUUAGUUCUGUUCCUUAGAUAUGUACGAGUAUGUCGAUGUAUUGGAAUUUUUAUUGAAUGAUUAUGGAUGAUCAGAUUAGGCUGGGCAAGGAGACUUGGCUAAGCCAAGGGGAAGGGCCGGGCCCCGAAACUCUUAUUAGAAAUUACUUUUCAUUUCAACUGAUAUGUGAUUUUUGAAAGUGUAUAAAACAGUACUUGAAUGCAAUUUAACGAUACGAAAAGUGAAGAACAGGCUUGAUGUCUUCCCCAACUAAUGUGUAAUUUAUGUUGAGUUUUUAUUUAGUAAUUAGGCAUACGUUUAACCCAAAAAUGUCCACACAAUCACACACACACACACACACAAGGCAGACAACGGAAAGGAGCAGGAACAUCAUGUUUAUGUUUUACAUAGCAGGCAAUUCAAAUGUGACUCUUCAGGUGCCAUACGAAUGAACAAUAGUCAAAAGAUAAUGAUGGAUAACACGUAUCAACAUUUUAUCCUAUACUCAAACCGUUCCACCACUUUAAGAACCACCCGACCCCACCAUCCACGUUCAUCCCCUGCCAACUGUGUGGAUAUAAUCGACAAAUUUAGUUUCUUAUCAAAUUUUCCAAUGUACCGUCAAAGCAUUUAUGAUUGUUAUUAAUCUUUUAGCAUAUGUUUCCUACAUAUUUAUGUAUAAAAGUAUACAUAUAUAUCAAUGUGUAUGUAAAGAAAAACCGCGAAGAGCGAAAUUAACUUUAGUUUAGUCGUUUCACCUUAUCAAGUAUCUACUCCACUCAUUAUUUAAUAAAUUUAGGAAUUAGUGUAUUAAGUUUCUAUUGCAAUCAAGGCAAGUGCUCCGAAUACGAUUUGUUUUCACUGUUUUAAGCUUAAAGAUUUUGCAUUAUGUUUGGAUAUAUUAUUUAAUUAUUUCAAUAAAACAAUUAUAUGAUUUAUCUGA